GAACCAGAAGGCCGAGCACGCGACCACCCCGGCACUGAACCUGGGGAGGCUGCCUGUGCCCAGGGAGGGCGCCCUAACCGAGAAGCUCCUUAGUACAAAGAUCUCCAGCCUCGCCCACGUUCCUGCUUUUUUCACAGUAGCUUCGUUUUAUAGUCAGUCACAACGUGGGAAAAAAAACUAAAACCGAUUGCUUUGCCCUGGGAAAUAGUAACCCUGACGCAUACACCUGCUUGCAGGGGACAGAGGAAUCCUACUAGAAAUAUCUUGGGGGAAAUUUUUACUACUACUCACUCUAGGAUAAUGCCAGAAAAGGAUGUGAUGGAGCUGCUUGAAGAAGAUCUCACCUGCCCAAUUUGUUGCAGUCUGUUUGAUGAUCCUCGAGUUUUGCCUUGCUCGCACAACUUUUGCAAAAAAUGCUUAGAAGGGAUCUUAGAGGGGAAUGUGAGGAAUUCCUUGUGGAGAUUAUCUCCAUUCAAGUGCCCCACAUGCCGUAAGGAAACUUCAGCUACUGGAGUCAAUAGCCUGCAGGUUAAUUACUCCCUGAAGGGUAUUGUGGAGAAGUAUAACAAGAUCAAGAUCUCUCCCAAAAUGCCAGUGUGCAAAGGACACUUGGGGCAGCCUCUCAACAUUUUCUGCCUGACUGAUAUGCAGCUGAUUUGUGGGAUCUGUGCUACUCGUGGUGACCACACCAAGCAUGUCUUCUGUUCUAUUGAAGAUGCCUAUGCUCAGGAAAGGGAUGCCUUUGAGUCCCUCUUCCAGAGCUUUGAGACCUGGCGUCGGGGUGAUGCUCUUUCUCGCUUGGAUACCUUGGAAACUAGCAAAAGGAAAUCUCUACAGUUACUGACUAAAGAUUCAGAUAAAGUGAAGGAGUUUUUUGAGAAGUUACAACACACAUUAGAUCAAAAGAAGAAUGAAAUCCUGUCUGACUUGGAGACCAUGAAACUUGCAGUUAUGCAAGCCUAUGACCCAGAGAUCAACAAACUCAACACCAUCUUGCAGGAACAACGAAUGGCCUUUAACAUUGCUGAGGCUUUCAAAGACGUGUCAGAACCUAUCAUAUUUCUACAACAGAUGCAGGAGUUCAGGGAGAAAAUAAAAGUAAUCAAGGAAACUCCUUUACCUCCCUCUAAUUUGCCCACAAGCCCUUUAAUGAAGAACUUUGAUACCAGUCAAUGGGAAGACAUAAAACUAGUAGAUGUGGAUAAACUUUCUUUGCCUCAAGACACUGGCACUUUCAUUAGCAAGAUUCCCUGGAGCUUUUAUCAGUUAUUUGUGGUAGUCAUUCUGCUUGGCCUUCUCAUUUUCUUUGGUCCUACCAUAUUCCUAGAAUGGUCUUUAUUUGAUGAAUUUGCAACUUGGAAAGACCAUCUUUCAAACUUCAGUUCCUAUCUGACUAAAUCAGCUGAUUUUGUAGAACUGUCAGUUUUUUCCUGGGAACAGGUGACAGAUUGGUUUUUCAUUUUCAGUGAAAGAUUCAAGAAUUUUACUUUGGUGGUGCUGAACAAUGUGGCAGAAUUUGUGUGCAAAUAUAAACUAUUAUGAAAUCUGUUUCAAGUA